AUGACUCUCUCGCACACCAUUGCAUCUGCACCAGGAAAGGUACUACUGACCGGUGGCUACCUUGUCCUCGAGCAACAGUUCCAAGGACUAGUUGUAGGCACAUCUGCCAGAUUCUACACCAUCAUCACUCCAUCGGAUGAACCCGGGAUUCAGGUGCGAUCCCCCCAGUUUGAUGGUGGUAAUUGGCACUAUACCCUCACUGUCCAGCCAGACUUUCAAUUGACCCCAAGCAGUUCAGGAACAUCUCGUAACCCAUUUGUGGAAGCAUCCUUGAGAUUCACACUUGCCCUUGUCCGCGAAAAGGUGGGACGAUCUGCAUUCGGGGUUCUGUCAACCGACUGUAUCAUAACUAUCUUGGGCGACAAUGAUUUCUACUCACAGCAAGCACAGCUUGAGAAGCUUGGAUUGGAUAGCUCAUAUGGUUCCUUGGCUGGGCUUCCCCCAUUUGCAGACACAAUGACUAGUCUCAAAGACGUGCACAAAACAGGACUGGGUUCUUCUGCUGCAUUGACUACAUCCCUUGUAGCUGCACUCUGUGCUCACUUCAAGGCUGUCGAUCUGGACAACCAGAAAGAUCGUACCCUAGUACACAACCUUGCCCAGUUUGUCCAUUGCUUUGCUCAAGGAAAGGUUGGAAGUGGGUUUGAUGUUUCAGCUGCUGUGUGGGGAAGUCAUCGUUAUCGUAGAUUUAACCCUCAAGUACUGGCGUCAAUCAUGGAUCAACAGGUCGAUGGUACUCUCUUAUUGAAACACUUGAGUGCAGAUAGUUUUGGGUGGGAUAAUGAGGUGGCUCCCUUUAAACUUCCUCCUGGUUUUGAUCUCAUCUUGGCUGAUAUCGAUGCAGGAAGUCACACGCCUACUCUGGUUGGAAAAGUACUUGCAUGGCGUAAAGCCAACCCAACUACCGCAAAUGCUUUGUGGGUAGAAUUGGGCUCUUACAAUAGCAAAGUGGAGCAAGUAUUGCGCGAUCUUACAACAGCCGAGCAAAAGGAACCAGUACUUUAUAAGGCAGUCAUUGAAAAAUGCUCUCGUCACAAGGCUUCAGAGUGGGCGUCGCUCCCAGAAACGAACGAAGUUAUCUCUAAAAUGGUCCAACUUGUCCAUAACUUUGGCCAUGUCCGACGCCUAUUGCGGGAAAUGAGCCAAUUGUCAGAAGUACCUAUUGAACCAAUCGAACAAACACAACUAUUAGAGGCUUGUCUUGAGGUUGAAGGAACUGUAAUAGCUGGUGUCCCUGGAGCUGGUGGUUACGAUGCUAUCUUUUGCAUCGUUCUUUCAGACAAGGCAAAACAACAAGUUCGCCAGGUGUGGCAGGGAUGGUCUGCUUUAAGCGUAGGACCCUUACUUUCCAAAGCAGAUUCUAAAGGCGUGACACUAGUUGAACUAGCAGACGUUCCUGGUCUGGCCAAUUCACUUUAA